UGCAGCAGAGAUUUUUUUAAUAAUGUGCAGUGCAGUCGCGUUCUCAGGAGCGCGAGGGGUGCUGCUACAGCGUCCCUCUCGCGCAGCUGCUCCGCAUUCUUCAAAACACUGAUCGCGAAUACGGAUCCAAAAACAUUGUCUGGGAUCACAGUUCGAGGUUUUCUCCGCGACGCAACGCAACAUCUCUCCUCCUCAUCACCAGCGCAUCCAGCCGACAUGGCCUCAUCCGUGAGCGGAGCGGAGGAAGUGCGCGUGUCGGCGUUGACGCCCCUGAAGUUGGUGGGUCUGGUGUGUAUUUUCCUCGCGCUGUGCCUGGAUGUUGGGGCCGUUCUGAGUCCGGCGUGGGUCACCGCGGAUGACCAGUACCACCUGUCCCUAUGGGAGUCGUGCAGGAAGCACGCUGCCUCCGUGGACUGGCUGUGCGACAGCACUCUGGGGCAGAAAGGGACCGACUGGCAGAUCGCCACAUUGGCUUUGUUGUUGGGUGGAGCGUUCCUUAUCCUCCUUUCCUUCCUGGUGGCACUGGUGUCUGUCUGCAUUCGCUCCAGGAGACGCUUCUACCGACCGGUCGCUGUUAUGCUCUUUGCCGCAGUGGUCCUGCAGGCCUGCUGUUUGGUGCUAUAUCCCAUCAAGUUCAUCGAGACCAUCAGUUUGAGAAUAUACCACGAGUUUAACUGGGGCUACGGUCUGGCCUGGGGGGCCACCAUCUUCUCCUUUGGAGGAGCGAUUCUCUACUGCCUAAACCCCAAGAACUACGAAGAUUACUACUAAACAUGCUACAACACCCACAAUGCACUUCAAUGUCCUCUUCACUGUUGUGAUAGCAGCUCAUGCACUGAACAUUCGUUCGGAACUGUCCCUUGACUUUGCAAACACACACAAAGACCCUUAAAAUGCAGGGCAAUGCCGAGCUGUUAGAUGCAUAGAUUUUAAUUAUUUUUCCCUCAGAUUACUCUAUCACGCAAUUAAACCCCACCAUCAAACUCUAGUUCUUUUUCUGCAUGUCAUCUCUCUCUCUUCUCAUGUCAGUCUAACACCUCUGAUCUUCUUCUGACUACCAGAUGAGCAUGUGUGUUCACAGGAAUACUGCCAGUCUGAGAUGUAAUCAGUGGGGAAACCUCCAUCUGUGGUGGGAUCUGAAACAAUGCAGACAGAAAUCUACAAUUCUGACAGAAUAAAACUGUCAUGAUAGACAUGUUUUGAGGCCAGAAAGAUACAAGAUAGAGGGUUUAAAGACCAAAUGAAACCCAAAUACACCCAAAAACAAAGUUAAAAAAGCUUGAAAAGAGAAACAGUGUUACUGGUACAGUAAAGUACUAAUCAGCCAAACUAAAGACUGUAAAACUGUUAACUGAUCAAAAAGAUCUUAUGCUUAAGGGGUUGUCACGUUGACAUGAUUUUGCAGGCAAAAAAAUGUCCAUGUAAAUCGCUUUAAGUCGAGUUCAAACCAAGAAGCUUUGUGUUACUCAGCGUGAGGAAUUUGCGCGACCGUCUUAAAUACGAGCUAAAUCUGCCAUAUGUAGAACUCACGACUGCACGGAUUCCUAUUGGAAUUAAUGGAUUUCGCCACAAAAUUUCACUGAUCAAAAUUAAAUAUUUUUAAUGGUAAAAAAAAAAAAAAAAAAGGUCCAUAGUCUACUGUCAAUAAUGUAGUUAUUUAUGAAGCA